GUGUUUACAGUCAAAUCCUUAUAUAUCUUAAGAGAUUCAAAUAGUAUAUUCAAAAAUAUUUACUGCCCAGCAAACCUUUAUGAUGAAGAUAAAGAAAACUUACAAACAGGGCAAGAUCGUCAUCGUUCUCACUGGACGUUACGCUGGCUGCAAGGCCAUCAUUUUGAAGACCUCCGAUGAUGGCAAGCCGGAGAAUAAGCCCUUGGGUCAUGCGCUUGUCGCGGGCAUUGACGGUUCCACGCGCAAGUUGACCAGAAAGAUGGACAAGAACUAUUCGAAGCAGAGAUCCAAGUUCAAGACCUUCCUGAAAAGACUGAGAUACACACAUCUGAUGCCCACACGCUACACAGCGAACGACGUCAGCUUCGAGCAGCUGGUGGCCAGGGAUCUGAUGGAUCCCGCCUUACGCAAGAUGUGCCGGUUCCAGUCGCGCGUGAAGUUCGAGUCGCUGUACAAGGAGGGCAAGAAUAAGUGGUUCUUCCAGGACGUGCGCUUCUAAGCGGCAGCUGCCUCUAUGAAAGUAUCCUGGUUUGAAUUGAAAUAAAGGCUUCUUUUAAUA